ACUGAAAAGCACCGCGUGUGCCCAUGCGGAGUGGCCGAUUCUUGGAGUGGUGAUCGUGCCGUGGGUGGGCACACUUGGCCAGUAGCGAUCAGGAGGCAUACGCGUACGGCCUGCACCGAGGGCGAACUCGAGUCAAGUCACUGAGUCAGUCAGUCAGUCAGUCGGUUCUAUAAAGUCAGCGGAGACUGAGUGGUCGUGAAAAAGGACGGAGCGAUCGACUCAAAGAACUUUUUCAUGUUACGCUAUGGAGAAUAAUGUGCCCGGUAGUGAUGCGAUAAUUGACGAUUUGCAACUCAUGAGUUCGAAAACGUGGCAAUCGACGAUCGGUUUUUAACGUCGACCAAAAUACGAGCAAGUCUCAGUUGUUCAUCCCGAUAAUAAUUUCCGCGGCGUCGGAAGAACGCGCGAAGAAGAGCGGCUCUCUUAAUGGAGAAAUUAGCGAUGAAGUGGUAACACGAGUUUGAAAAAGUCUGGCCGCUGAUAAUUGUGCUGGCUUCAGUCAGUGCUGCGAGCGUUCGAUAAUCGUGAAGGUGGAGGUGAAGGUGCUCGUGUUACAAAUUACCUGCAGCGGUAUAUAGAUCGUUGUUGGUUUUCUCGGUGUUCGUCCAGCGUAGUGAUUUUUUUCUACCUGAAGACCAGUCGUCUUCUUCUCUUCAUGGCUCCUAAGAGGCCCAACAAACUGAGAAGAGCCGCUCUUAUGCAUGGCGAACGUACAGGUUCGAUCGAGGACCAAGGUUUUCUGUUGAGACAUCAAGCGGCACAGGAUGUGACGGCACGUCUUCAGGAGCCGUCGACGGAAGGCGGUAGGGCGAUAAUCGACUGCAAAGGAAAGCCUAAUAUUUGCGGAACAGAAGCUGCGUGCAGGAAUUUCGAAAAUGAAACGUCCAUCUGCGUCUGUCCUCACGAUGCUUCGAUGCCAACCGCCGCUCUAACAUGUCCAAAUCGUUUGACGGUACCGAUGACACCGAGGCCGAUAUAUAACAUUAUACCUCCUAGUGGCAACGCGACAAAUAGUACAACGAAACCACCCGCCACAGAACAGGUGGAACCGUACCAUCUGAAAAACAUAUCUGGAAUAAUCGGAGGAAGCUGCACCCUUCUUGUCACCCUGAUUAUCGCAUUCGUUCUUUUGUGGUAUUGCAUCAAACGAAGAGCUUACGCAUCUAAAUGUAGCCGAAGUUCCCUCAAUCCGUCUCCUAUGAACUUAAAGAAGGGAUUACUUCAAACUAACAAGUACACACCGAAUCCCCAAUACUUUGUUUGCGGUUCGCCCGAGGUUCCGAUACUUCGUCGAGACUGCGUCGUCUUUCUUCAGGACAUCGGCGAGGGUUGUUUCGGAAAAGUUUACAAAGGAGAACUGCGUCAUGGCGAAGUAACCGAAACUGUGGCUGUCAAAGUCCUGAAGGAUUCCGCAUCCCGCGAGGCCGAAGAAAAUUUUAUGCGAGAAGUGGAAAUAAUGUCCGCCUUUCGUCACCCAAACAUCCUCUUUCUUAUCGGUGUUGUUCUGCGAGAUGCGAACAAUAAUCCUUGGAUGGUAUUUGAGCACAUGCCACACGGUGACCUUGCGGAAGUCCUUAGGGCUAAUUCCCGACAGCUUAGAUGCCCGACCCCCGGACUGCCACCUCUUACUAAAGAUUCUCUGCUGCGGAUAUCGACGCAGAUAGCUGCGGGUAUGACGUAUCUAUCAGCACAAAGAUUUGUCCACCGAGAUCUGGCAUGUCGUAAUUGCCUAGUUGGUUCCGAAUUAACGGUGAAAAUUGCUGAUUUUGGGAUGUCCCGCGACGUGUACACGUGCGAUUAUUAUAAGAUCGGUGGCUCACGUCUACUUCCGAUACGCUGGAUGGCUCCAGAGAGCGUUAUAUUUGGUCGAUUUACUUUAGAGAGCGACGUCUGGAGUUUCGGAGUCGUUCUUUGGGAAGUUUACUCUUUUGGUAAACAGCCCUAUUACGGGCACAACAAUGACGAGGUGGUGAAGUUGAUUCUGCACGGUAUAAUGCUCAUUCCACCGGAAGAUUGUCCACCUUUCAUUUGCGACAUAAUGCGAGGAUGUUGGAAGACGGAACCAAAAGAUCGUCUAAAAUUCACCGAUAUCAUGGAAAAAUUAGAGCUCGCUCAUGAGAAAUCAAGCAACAAGUGGUCUCUUCCACGACCACCACAAGGGCCAGUUACUAUCCGCUCGGCAGAUGCGUUCGAUAACGAUGGUUACUUGCUACCAGCCCCUACCACCUCAUGUGAGUACAUGCAGCCACUUCCACCACUCCCAGAUUGAUAGAUCAUCACGUGUAAUUGAAUUAUACAUAUGGAUUAUACGUAAAAUAAAAUCUAUCCUUUUAUCAACGAUUUCUUCGCGGACUCUGCAGUGUAUUCAGGCAUGGUUUGUACUUACACUGUUACGCAUAGUAUAGUCUAUAAAAUCUAAAUUUCUAUAGAAAAUAGGCAAAUCACACGAACUCAUUUAAAUGAUGCAUUUGAUGUCCCAGCAAAGAAAUUCGCAGUUUAGCAAAUCUUGCUAUUGGGAUUCAUGGAUGAAUGGUCGUGAAGAAAUUUUGAUUUUUGACUUAUAGCUGUAUGGAUUUGCGCUUUUCAAUAAUACAAGUGUAAUCGACUUAUUGUUUUAGUUCCAGAAAAUUAUUUUAAUAGUGUACAUAAUACCUACUUUUAAUCUAUUCAUGGUGCAUGUUGUUGCGCUGUUAUAAAUAAGCCGAUCAGAUAUUAUUGUACAUACAUAGUACCGAUAAUAAUUGUAUAUAUAAUAUAUAAAUUUGUUAUGCAUAGUA